GCACUAGCUGAGGAGGCUAAAGCGAGAUAUGAUAAAGCCACUUUUAAAGUGGUUGAUCUGGAUGAUUAUGCUGCUGAUGAUGAGGAAUACGAGGACAAGCUUAAGAAAGAGAGCUCCGCUAUAUUCUUCAUGGCAACCUACGGAGAUGGUGAGCCAACCGAUAAUGCAGCAAGGUUUUAUAAAUGGUUUACAGAGGGAAAUGAGAGGGGGGAUUGGUUGAAAAAUCUUCAAUAUGCCGUGUUUGGUCUAGGCAACAAGCAAUAUGAGCAUUUCAACAAGGUGGGAAGCGCCUUGUUCCUGUGGGUCUUGGAGACGAUGAUCAAUGCAUUGAGGAUGACGUCACUGCAUGGUAUGAAGUGUUUCAUGUUGGUGAAAAAAAUCAGGAAAGAGCUUCUAUGGCCAGAGUUAGAUAAGUUAUUGCGUGACGAAGAUGAUACUUCAGGCACAUCUACUCCUUACGCUGCUGCUAUUCCUGAAUAUAGGGUUGUAUUUAUCAACCGUGAAGAUGGCGAAUAUUUGGAGAAGAGUUGGAGCCUUGCAAAUGGCCAUGCUGUUUAUGAUAUCCAGCACCCAUGCAGGGCUAAUGUGGCUGUGCGGCGGGAGCUGCAUACGCCAGCUUCUGACCGGUCAUGCAUUCAUUUGGAGUUUGAUAUUGCUGGCACUGGUCUCACGUAUGAGACAGGAGACCAUGUCAGUGUCUAUGCAGAAAAUGCUGUUGAGACCGUGGAGGAGGCAGAAAGGCUCUUAGGUUAUUCCCCAGACACAUUUUUCUCAAUUCACGCCGAUAAAGAGGAUGGCAUGCCACUCAGUGGUGGUUCUUUGGCACUACCUUUCCCAUCUCCUUGCACCUUAAGAACCGCACUUACACGAUAUGCUGAUCUUCUGAAUUCACCCAAGAAGAGUGCUUUAAUUGCAUUGGCUGCUCAUGCAUCCGAUCCCAGCGAGGCCGAGCGGUUAAGAUUUUUGGCUUCUCCUGCAGGAAAGGACGAAUACUCUCAAUGGGUAGUAGCAAGUCAGAGGAGCCUUUUGGAAGUUAUGGCGGAGUUCCCUUCAGCCAAGCCUCCACUCGGAGUAUUUUUCGCAGCAGUCGCGCCUCGCUUGCAACCCAGAUACUAUUCAAUAUCUUCUUCGCCAAAAAUGGCGCCUACGAGAAUUCACGUUACUUGCGCAUUGGUGUAUGGGCCGACACCGACAGGAAGGAUUCACAAAGGAGUCUGCUCUACUUGGAUGAAGCAUGCUGUUCCAUUGGAAGCGAGCCGAGAGUGUAGCUGGGCUCCUAUUUUCGUGAGAACCUCUAAUUUUAAACUUCCUUCGGAUCCCUCGGUGCCAAUCAUAAUGAUUGGGCCGGGGACAGGUCUGGCUCCUUUCAGGGGCUUCUUACAGGAAAGAUUUGCACUGAAAGAGUCUGGAGCCGAGCUAGGCUGUGCGGUUCUCUUCUUUGGAUGCAGAAACAGAAAGAUGGACUUCAUCUACGAGGACGAGUUGAAGAAUUUUGUUGAAACUGGGGCGCUCUCCGAGCUAGUUCUCGCCUUCUCUCGAGAGGGACCCAGCAAGGAAUAUGUGCAGCAUAAAAUGGUCGAGAAGGCCUCCGACAUCUGGAACGUUAUAAACCAGGGCGGCUACAUUUACGUGUGCGGCGAUGCUAAGGGCAUGGCCAGAGAUGUGCACAGGGUUCUCCAUACUAUUAUUCAAGACCAGGGAUCAUUGGAUAGCUCCAAGACAGAGAGUAUGGUAAAAAGCUUGCAAAUGGAAGGGAGAUACCAGAGGGAUGUGUGGUAAGCUUUGCCCUUCCGGUAGCGGCGGAACACUAAACACCAAGAAAAAAGAAAAAAAGGUUGGUUUCUUCUUUCUCCCUAAAUUUAUUUAGGAUUUCUCAUGUGUUAUAUGUUUAUAUUCUUAUAUAUUUAUCAUCAUAUGAUAUGAUGCGAUAAGUGAGGUUGAUGGGGGACCCAAAAAGAAAAAAAAGAGAAAAGGUGUAAUCUUUUGUAGGUAGUUGGGAAGUAAAAAAAUAGCAUUGUUAUUAGAUUGGUAAAAGAUGAAUUAAUAGUGUUGAGCAUCUCUUUAUGGGGAACAAAUUAUGAUGUGUAUAAAUGGGACUGCAUCUCCUUUUGGGCAAGAAACUUUUCGCGGCCACAGUUAUUCUACAUAAGAUUUAAAACAUUCGAUCAAAUGUCUCCGCAUUGCAUA